UUUAAUCUGUCACACAUUUUGUCAUUGGGCAGGACAACAUCAAUUCAUGUUAGUAACAAUAUUCUACGCAAGGUCACCUAACAGCAGAAGGCAUGGGCUCAGGAGAGAGUACGACCCGGAAAGUGUCUUUCGGUGUCGAUGAUGAGGACCGAGUCAGGAUUCUUCGUGGUGUCAAGCUGUCAGAAGAUGUUCUCCAGAGGAUGAGAGGAGUAGCCAACAUCGCUCCAGAACGCCCAACCUCACCAACCUCAAACCCUCAGAAAGACACAGGUGCCUCUCGCAGCGCUAGCUCAAGCCCCCCUCCCCAGCAGAGCCCCAAGAAGCAGGCCCAGCCCGGCUCCCAGCCCGGUCCCCAGCCCGGCCCCCAGCCUGGCCCCCAGCCCGGCCCCCAGCCCAGCAGUAGCAAACCUGCCUCCUACGUUAAGGAAGAGCAGAAAAGGUAUGAACGGCAGCAGGCUGCACUGAAGGCGGAACAGGCCAAAGUGGGGAAAAGAGAGAAAGAUUCAGCAAGAGAAGAGAUGAACAAAGCCUUGAGGCAGAAACGCAUGGAAGUUGAGCACGCCCAAAACCUGGUACACGCACGCACGCACUCUGCCCCUUUAAAAAGUC